AUGGCCAACGACACCCCAUCCACAAUGUUCGCUUGGCGGAAACACAAAGGCGUCCCCGAACCGAUAUGGGAAGAAAUUCCCGUACCCCAACCUUCGAGAACAGAGGUGCUUGUCAAGAUGCUCGCGUCUGGAGUCUGUCGAAGCGAUAUCUCGCUCCUCGCCAACGAUAAGCAGUCCAGUUGGUUUCGGGAGGAGUACACGCUUGGACACGAAGUUUGCGGGCAGAUUACACAGCUCGGCGAGGGCGUGGGAGAGACGAUGUUGAAGGAGGGAGACAUUGUAGCCCUCUAUCCUGUGCCUGGCUGCCGACGACAGGACUGUCCCGAAUGCUCGCGGGAUCUCCAUCAGACCUGCGAGAGUGGGCAUCACUCCGGGAUCGGGCAGGACGGCUUUUAUGCGCCGUAUGCGGUUGUCGAUGCUAGAGCUGUUGUUCUAGUCCCUUCAGGCGUGUCACCUGCAGUGGCUGCGGUAGCCACCGACGCAGUAACAACAGCCUACCACGGCAUCGUUCGCCGCGCCGAAGUCAAGAAGGACGAGACGGUCUUGCUCUUCGGCCUCGGUGGGUUGGGGAUUAACGCCCUCCAGAUCAUCCUGAACGUCGGCGCUCGCGUCAUCGUCUCUGAUCCACGGGAAGCUUGUCAGACGACAGCAAGAUCUCUGGGAGUGCCGGCGGAGGAUAUCGUGCCGACGAACGUCCCGCUGCAGGAGUUUGUCCGUGAGAACGGGCUGGAGAAUAGAAUCGACACGGUGCUGGAUUUUGUCGGAAGGCAUCAGACGUUUGAGGAUGGGCAGCAGAUUGUACGACGUGGUGGAAAGAUCCUGUGCAUCGGCACUCUGGACUACGACAAUACGGUGCAUAUGAAGGUGGGGACCAGGAAGCAAUUGAGCUUCAUUUUCUCGUACGGCGGGCAGGUCGAAGAGCUGGAAGAGGUCCUGCAGAUGAUCGCAAAGGGAGCUAUCAGGCCAGUGGUGGAGGAGCGACCGAUGAGCGCCUUGCCUGAGGUCUUGAAGGGGUUGGAGGCGGGUACGGUGGAUAGUAGGGUGGCUCUUACUCACGAGUGA